CUCUCUCUCUCUCUCUCUCUCUGUUCUCUUUCUUCUCUCUCUUUCUGUGUGAUUUUGUUGAACAGGUUUCGACUCACAAGGCUUGCAACUUGGCAACAAACCGAGAGGGGGAAAAGCAAAAUCGAUGAACAAUCAGUUCUAAUGAAGAGAUUCACCUUCGAAUCGGGCGUUGAAUUGAAGCAAUAACUGGUAAUUCUCUUUGAUCCAAUCCAAAUUCGCAGUAUGUUUCGCUGAAUGGAUCUGUGUUCUUCGAUCCUGCACCAAUGUCGGUUUCACAAACCCUAGGUGGCACGUCCAGAUGCGGCCGUGCGAUCGGCCCUUCUCUCGAUAAGAUUGUCAAGAACGCAGCCUGGCGUAAGCAUUCUCACCUUGUUUCCUCUUGUAAAUCCGUUCUUGAUAAGCUUGAUUCUAUUAAGGAGGCUGCUCCUGAUCCUGCCUCCCCUCUCGCCGGCCUUUCUCCAGCUGAUGCGGAGUUUGUGCUCCAACCUCUUCUUUUGGCUCUUGAUGCCGCCUAUGUCAAGGUUGCUGAGCCCGCACUUGAGUGCGUUUUCAAAUUGUUCUCCCGCGGUCUUUUCCGUGGCGAGAUCGAGCGGCCGGAUGGCGAGGCAAAUUCCAGUGCCAUUUCCAUUGUGUAUAAGAUUGUUGAGUCUGUUUGUAAAUCAGGAGGUCUAGGUGAUGAAGGAAUUGAGCUCACUGUUCUAAGAGUGUUGCUCUCUGCGGUUCGGAGCCCUUGUGUAUUGAUCCGCGGGGAUUGUCUGGUUAAUGUUGUUCGGACUUGUUAUAAUGUGUAUCUCGGUGGCUUAAGUGGUACGAAUCAGAUCUGUGCAAAAUCUGUUUUAGGUCAAGUAAUGGUCAUUGUUUUCAGUAGGGUGGAGGAGGACUCCAUGGAUGCUCCCAUGAGGAUCAUUUCUGUGAGUGAAUUAUUGGAAUUUACUGAUAAGAACUUGAAUGAAGGAAAUUCAAUAUAUUUUUGCCAGAACUUUAUCAAUGAGGUAAUGGAUGCCAGCGAAGGGAUUGCAGAUAAGAAAUUAUAUGCGUUUGCGGCACAAUUGCAGAAUGGCCAUGCUUCGCCGCUGAAAGCUGACAAUAAAGGUGAAUCUGAUAUAGGAGAAACGGAAGAUGUUUAUAGUAAGAUUAGGGAGGAUGGAUUCUAUUUGUUUAAGAAUUUGUGUAAAUUGUCAAUGAAAUUCUCAUCACCGGAGCACCCAGAUGAUCAGAUCCUUUUAAGAGGGAAAAUAUUGUCUCUGGAACUGUUAAAGGUGGUUAUGGAUAAUGCAGGUCCAGUUUGGCGCUUUAACGAGAGGUUUCUCAAUGCUAUCAAGCAAUUUCUCUGCUUAUCAUUAUUAAAGAACAGUGCCCUCUCGGCGAUGGCCAUCUUCCAGCUUCAAUGUUCUAUUUUUACGAGCUUGUUGACAAAAUUUAGAUCAGGAUUGAAAGCAGAAAUUGGCAUCUUUUUUCCCAUGCUUGUCCUCCGAGUGCUUGAGAAUGUACUUCAGCCUAGUUUCUUGCAGAAGAUGACCGUACUCAAUUUGUUGGAUAAGAUAUCUCAAGAUCCACAGAUUAUGGUCGACAUUUUUGUCAACUAUGAUUGUGAUGUUGAUUCUCCAAAUAUUUUUGAAAGGAUUGUGAAUGGCCUUUUGAAAACUGCUCUUGGACCGCCUUCUGGUUCAACCACAACUUUGUCUCCAGCACAGGAUGUUACAUUUAGGCUUGAAUCUGUUAAGUGUUUGGUAAGCAUCAUUAAAUCAAUGGGAACUUGGAUGGACCAACAAAUGAAGCUAGAUGAUCCAAAUUUACUCAAGACUUCUGAGAACGACGCUUCACCUGAGAAUCAAUUAAGUGGGGAAGAAACAGCUGCUGUUGACUCUGAGCUUCAUCCGGAUGGUAAUUCUGAGUUCUCAGAUGCUGCUACACUUGAGCAAAGAAGAGCGUACAAAAUCGAACUCCAGAAAGGUAUUUCACUGUUCAAUAGGAAACCUUCCAGGGGUAUUGAGUUUCUGAUCAGCACAAAAAAAGUUGGUGGUUCUCCUGAAGAGGUGGCUGCUUUUCUCAAAAAUACUAACGGCCUGAAUGAAACAGUCAUUGGGGAUUAUUUGGGUGAAAGGGAGGAAUUCCCUUUGAAAGUCAUGCAUGCUUAUGUUGAUUCAUUUAAUUUUAAAGUGAUGGACUUUGGCGAAGCAAUAAGGUUUUUCCUGCGGGGCUUCAGGUUACCAGGAGAGGCACAAAAGAUUGAUCGCAUCAUGGAGAAGUUUGCCGAGCGGUACUGUAAAUGUAACCCUGGUUCAUUCACAAGUGCAGAUACCGCUUAUGUGCUUGCUUAUUCUGUAAUUAUGCUGAACACAGAUGCCCAUAAUAACAUGGUGAAAGAAAAGAUGACAAAAGCUGAUUUUAUUCGGAACAAUCGAGGAAUUGAUGACGGCAAGGACUUACCUGAUGAGUAUCUUGGUGCUCUUUAUGAUCAGAUUGUUAGGAAUGAAAUUAAGAUGAAUUCUGAUUCUUCGGCUUCACAAAGUAAGCAGGCGACUAGCAUCAACAAACUUUUGGGCUUGGAUGGUAUACUCAAUUUAGUUUCUUGGAAGCAGACAGAAGAAAAAGCUGUUGGUGCAAAUGGGCUUCUUAUAAGGCACAUACAGGAGCAGUUUAAGGCCAAGUCUGGAAAAUCUGAAUCUGUUUAUCAUGCUGUGACAGAUGUAUCAAUAUUGAGGUUUAUGGUGGAAGUGUGCUGGGGUCCUAUGUUGGCGGCAUUCAGUGUGACUCUUGACCAAAGUGAUGAUAAGCUUGCUACUUCUCAAUGCUUACUAGGCUUUCGGCAUGCAGUGCAUGUCACAGCUGUCAUGGGUUUACAGACUCAACGGGAUGCUUUCGUGACAUCCAUGGCUAAGUUUACCUAUCUUCACUGUGCUGCAGAUAUGAAACAAAAAAACGUUGAAGCUGUAAAGGCUAUAAUAUCGAUUGCCAUAGAGGAUGGUAAUUUUCUUCAAGAGGCAUGGGAGCACAUAUUUACAUGUCUCUCCAGAAUUGAGAAUUUACAAUUAUUGGGAGAGGGUGCGCCAUCCGACGCAUCGUUUUUGACCACAUCAAGUAUCGAAACUGAAGAGAAAGCACCAAAGUCGGUGGGUUUAUCAUCUCUGAAGAGAAAAGGAAGUCUCCAAAAUCCAGCUGUUAUGGCUGUUGUUCGUGGAGGUUCAUACGACAGCACCUCACUUGGAAUGAAUUCUUCUCCAGGACCAGUAACUCCUGAACAGAUUAACCACCUAAUUUCAAACUUGAAUUUGCUUGAGCAAAUAGGCAAUUUUGAGUUGAACCACGUAUUUGCUCAUAGUCAAAGCUUGAACAGUGAAGCAAUAGUAGCAUUCGUGAAGGCUCUUUGCAAAGUUGCUAUUGCAGAGUUGCAGUCUCCUACAGACCCACGUGUGUUCAGCCUCACUAAAUUAGUUGAAGUGGCGCAUUACAACAUGAACCGCAUCAGAUUGGUGUGGUCUCGCAUGUGGAAUGUUCUCUCUGAUUUCUUUGUGUCAGUUGGCUUGUCAGAAAACCUGUCAGUUGCAAUAUUUGUGAUGGAUUCACUGAGGCAGCUUGCGAUGAAAUUUUUGGAGCGUGAGGAGCUUGCAAAUUAUAACUUCCAGAAUGAAUUUUUGAGACCCUUCGUAAUAGUUAUGCAGAAAAGCAGCUCCACAGAAAUUAGGGAAUUAAUUGUUCGGUGCAUUUCGCAGAUGGUUCUCAGUCGGGUCAAUAAUGUGAAAUCUGGAUGGAAAAGCGUUUUUAUGGUUUUCACUGCUGCUGCUGCUGAUGAGCGGAAGAAUAUUGUCUUAUUGGCUUUCGAAACCAUGGAAAAAAUAGUUCGAGAAUAUUUUCCUUACAUAACUGAGACUGAGACUACAACAUUUACUGAUUGCGUUCGAUGUCUGAUUACUUUUACAAAUAGCAGAUUUAAUAGUGAUGUCAGUCUCAAUGCCAUUGCAUUCCUUCGGUUUUGUGCGGUAAAACUUGCAGAAGGAGGACUCGUUUGCUAUGAGAUGGUGGGAGACAAUGUUUCAUCCAAUUCUCCAGAUACACCCACACCCACGCCUACGCCCACAGAUAAAGAUGAUUAUGCUUCCUAUUGGGUUCCGUUGCUUGCAGGGCUAUCAAAGUUGACAUCUGAUCCUAGAUCACCAAUCAGAAAAAGUUCCUUGGAAGUACUUUUUAAUAUCCUGAAGGAUCAUGGCCAUCUUUUCUCGCGUCAAUUUUGGGUUGGUGUUAUCAAUUCCGUAGUCUUCCCCAUCUUUAGUUCUUUGCAUGACAAGAAAGAAGUGGACAUGAAUGAAAAUGAUGAAUAUUCAGAAGGAAGUACAUGGGAUUCUGAUACCUGUGCAGUGGCAGCAGAUUGUUUAGUAGAUCUGUUUGUUAGUUUUUUCAAUGUAAUAAGGUCUCAACUAGCCGGCGUGGUGACGAUUCUGACUGGAUUCAUUAGGAGUCCGAUCCACGGUCCUGCCAGCACUGGCGUUGCUGCAUUAAUGCGUUUGGCAGGUGACUUAGCUAACAGGCUUACUGAAAACGAGUGGAGAGAGAUUUUUCUUGCUUUGAAGGAAGCGGCCACGUUAACCGUCCCUGGAUUUCUCAAGGUCCUGAGGACCAUGGAUGACAUCAACAUUCCCGGGAUCUCUCAAUCUUAUUAUGAUGUGGAUGUGGCUUCAGAUCAAGGUUUGUCAACCGAUGGUCGCGAUGACGACGACCUCCAAACAGCCUCCUACAUUGUUUCGAGAAUGAAGAGUCAUAUCUCAAUGCAACUCCUCGUCAUACAGGUCAUUACUGACCUAUACAAGAACCAUACCCAACCUUUCUCAGAAGGCAACAUUUCCAUCAUUCUUGAGAUAUUUUCUUCCAUUUCCACACAUGCCCAGAAACUGAGUUCUGAUACAAUCCUUCAGAAGAAGCUACAAAAAGCUUGCUCCAUUCUGGAGAUAUCCGACCCACCCGUGGUUCACUUCGAAAAUGAGUCUUAUCAGAGCUACCUCAACUUUCUCCAGAAUAUGCUUGCGAAUAACCCAUUGGUCACUAAUUCAACUCUUAUCGAAUCUGAACUUGUCACAGUAUGUGAACAAAUUUUGCAUAUUUACUUGAAGUGCACCGGGAUGCCAAGUGAGGGAAAAGAAACCAACCAGCCUGUGCUACAUUGGAUUCUUCCUUUGGGUUCAGCAAGGAAGGAGGAACUGGCUGCUCGAACGUCUCUAGUUGUCUCGGCAUUGCGGGUUCUAUGCGGGUUCGAAAGGGACAUAUUUAAAAGGUAUGCUGCACAGCUUUUCCCAUUGUUGGUGGAGCUUGUAAGGAGUGAACAUAGCUCUGGAGAAGUUCAGGUUGUUUUGAGCAUCAUAUUUCAAUCAUGUAUAGGCCCAAUAAUUAUGCAAUAAUAAGAUUAUAUACACACAUAUAUAUAUUCUUUGUGGUAUACUUAGCAUUCCAAUUGUAAAUCAAUCUUUAACUAGGUGGCUUGAGGGUGGAGCCAGCCACAUUAUUUUGUAGAAUAUGCCAAAGUCCAAAAUUUUUGCCUAGUGGAAGAGGAUGUAUGUGCUAGUAUUGAUAAUAUAAAAUUGAGAGGAUUUCCUUUUCCUUUUUUGUUUCA